AUGGCGGGCCCCGCGCUCCUGCGGCCGGGGCCGCCUCCGCCGCCGCCGCCGCCGCUGCUGCUGCUGCUGUCGGCGCUGCUGCCCCUCGGCCUGGGCCUGGGCCCGGGUGGCCCCGCGUGCGGGGCGCGGGUGGACGUGCGGCUGCGGCGGCCGCAGGCCAGCUACACUCUGCAGGGCGCCCUGCUGGGCGGGCCCCCGCGCCUCGCGCCGCCGCCCGGAGCCGGACUGCAGGGCCGCCUGGUGCUGGUGGGAGACGAGGAGCCCCAGCUUCAGGCCGAUGACGACUGGAUCGGAGUGGUCCCCGUGGGUGAGGAGCAGGGGGAGGCCCAGGGAGCCGGCUCUGAGGAGUCCUUCACCUCCGCCGUGGUCAACAAGAUGAAGCGCGCCCUGGUCCUGGGAGCUUCGGCCCUGCUCAUUCUGGCCCUGAAUCAGAAUGCUGUCCGAGAGCUGGAUGUGUCCCAGGUCCUCUCCAAGCCGGUCAUCGUGGUCCAGAUGUCCGACAACGUCACCAAACUCCUGAGUGCCCUGCUGGGGGGCCUGCAGGCCACGGCCAAGAUCACCUCUCAGGCCGUGCUGCUGGAGAACGUGGGCCUGACACUGACGCUGUGGUCCACCUGUGGCCUGUCGCGGGGAGGGCUCUACGGGGAGUGGCAGGGCGUGAUCUGCCCCGGAGAGAGCGGCUCCAGAGUCCAGAAGUACCUGCAGAAGCUGUGGAACACCAUCCUGCUGGUGGCCUUGCUCCUGUGCACCGGGCUUAUCAUCCAGGCCCGGAGGCAGGCCCGGCGGGGCCCAGCGGAACCCGAGCCCCAGCUGGACUUCAGGCAGCACAUCCUGCGGACGCUCUCGGCCCUAAAAACGCGGCGCUACCACCCGGGGCGCCCGCCCCGGGCCCAUGUGCCCGACAUCCAGACCUGCGCGAUCUGCCUGGACCGGUUCCACAGAAACCAGUGUCUGAGGGUUCUGCCCUGCCUCCAUGAGUUUCACCGGGAAUGCGUGGACCCCUGGCUGCUCCUCCAGCAGACCUGCCCCCUCUGCAAGCACAACAUCCUGGGGAGCUCUUGGGCUGACAGCUAGCCCCGGCCCAGCCCCGGGGGGCUAGGUGGCUGACAAUGCCAUCUUGGAGCGCCCUGGCUCUCUGGGCCCCUGCGGCGGUCUCAGGGACUCCGUGGCUGCUCUGGAAGGUGACCCUCGGCCUUCAUCCAGGAGCGGAGUGCCCAUGCUGCAUCGCCCACGGGGACAGCAGGGGGCGCCCCAGGCCUGGCUCCCCGCCUCUGAGGGGGACAUGUGGGGGUCUCCGUGGGGCCUAGGCCGGCCUGGGGGGGGGCGGCCACCAGAGACGCUCAGGGACCCUCAGCAGCAGCCCUUGCUCCUCCCCGGGGCCUCGUUUCACACUAAUUUAUUAGGGUUACGCCUGGAAGGGCCGGAGGGUGGGCCCGGGCCCCCAUACAGUGUAUAACAUUAAACCUGAGGCAC